AUGGGACGUGGGCGCGGCAGGAAGAAGCAGCAGCGAGGGAACGGUUCCGUAGGUGCAAACCUCACUCAACUAGAGAUAAAAUCUCCCGAUUUUGAUGCAGAGCGUGAGGCCUAUGAUGCCAGACCGAUCGAUUUCGUUGAAAACAAUGAUGAUGUAGCAGAAGUUUCUUUUUCUCCCGGAGAAGGCACGGAAAAAAAGCGCUGCACAGAAACUAAACAGGAGAAAGCGGACACGAAUAUGAAGGAGAAAUUAGAGGGUAAUUUGUUGGCAAAGGAAAAUGUUCAAGAUAAAAGUCCCAUGGAGACUGGUGGGGUUUCCGAACGGAGACGCGGUAGAAAAAGAAAGUUGCUUCAGAAAGAUGACGAUGAGUUUGAUGGAAAAAAGAAGACACUUGAGAAAAGUGACGAUGAAAUUAAAAUUCCUACUUCUACUACUGAUUCUUCACAAAACGGCAUUCAGAAACUUUAUCAUCUUAGGGGCCCUAGAGUCGAUAAUAAACAAGAGUUGACGCCGUUGCCAAAAGCCAACAAGAGAAAUCCUGAUUCGUCAUUCAUCAAGUGGGUUGAAGAGGAGUCCCGGAUGUGUCAUCAAUGUCAGAGAAAUGAUAAAGGGACGGUAGUGAGGUGCACACAUUGUAAGAGGAAAAGAUUUUGCAUACCCUGUUUGCAACGUUGGUAUCCUCAUUUGAAAGAGGAUGAUAUCGCUCGGAAUUGUCCAGUGUGCUGUGGUAAUUGCAACUGCAAAGCAUGCUUGAAAUCCGAUGAACUUAUUAAAAUUUUGAGGAAAAAUAAAAGCACCAAUAAAGAAAAGAAGGUUGAACACUCUAUGCAUUUACUGCAAGUACUUCUUCCAUAUUUAAGGCAGUUGGAUGAAGAACAAAUGAUCGAAAAUGAGAUAGAAGCUAAGAUACAAGGCAUCUUUGCAUCAGAGCUAAAUAUAGUACAGGCGGAUGUUGAAGUAAAUGAGCGUGUGUACUGUGACAACUGCAAAACAUCAAUAUUUGAUUACCACAGAAGCUGUACAAAAUGCAAUUUCGACCUUUGUCUCAUCUGCUGUCGUGAGCUUCGCAAUGGGCAGCUUGUAGGUGGUGCAGAUCCAAUUGAGUGGGAGUUUGUCUUUAAAGGACAUGGUUACUUGCAUGCUCAAGAAGAAAAGGCUCAAGAAGAAAGAAUAAAGGUAGAACAGAAUGCAUCAAAUGUUGAUGCUAAGCCUGAGGUUCGUGAAUGGUCAAGAUCUAGGUGGCAUGCAGAAAAUAAUGGUAGCAUUGCUUGUCCAAAAGUUAAUGAUGAAUGUAACCAUGGUUUUCUUGAACUGAGAACCAUAUUAGGCCAAAGUUUCAUCACAAAUAUGGUGCAUAGUGCGAAUAAACUAGCACGUGCAUACAAGCUUCAAGAUGCAGUUAAGACCCCUGAAAAGAUGUGUUCAUGUUUGAGGCAUGAGAGGAACACAGAUAACAGAUAUACAAAUACGAGAAAGGCUGCUUCUCGGGAAGAUUCCAAUGACAACUAUUUAUACUGUUCUAGGGCUGUAGAUUUACAAGACAAGGAUUUAAGGCAUUUUCAGUGGCAUUGGGAAAAGGGGGAGCCUGUCAUUGUCAGCAAUGUGCUUGAAUGUACAUCUGGUUUAAGCUGGGAACCAUUUGUCAUGUGGCGUGCAUUCCGUCAGAUAACUAACACCAAGCAUGAUUCACAUUUGGAUGUGAAGGCAAUUGAUUGCUUAGAUUGGUGUGAGGGACAAAUUAAUAUCCACCAAUUCUUCACUGGGUAUAAGGAAGGUCGUGAGGAUUCCCUUAGUUGGCCUCAGAUAUUGAAAUUAAAAGAUUGGCCCCCUUCUGAUUUGUUUGAGGAACGUUUGCCUCGUCAUUGUGCUGAGUUCAUAUCUUCCUUGCCCUUCAAGGAAUAUACUGAUCCUCUCACUGGUGCUUUUAACCUUGCUGUGAAGUUACCUCCUUGUUCUCUAAAACCAGACAUGGGGCCAAAGACAUAUAUUGCUUAUGGAUUUCCUCAGGAGUUUGGGCGUGGUGAUUCAGUGACUAAGCUCCAUUGUGACAUGUCUGAUGCAGUAAACCUGUUGACUCAUAUUGCUGAAGUGCAAUUGACACCAAAGCAACUUACUGCCAUUGAGAAGUUGAAGCAAAAACACCUUGAGCAAGACAAGAGGGAGCUAUAUGGUGAUGAUCAGGAUAGAGAAACUAACGUUAACAUGCUUAAUAAUUCAUCUUCUACCAUAAUUGCUCUGGGUGAGCAAGAUGCUUCAGAUGGUGCUCUAUGGGAUAUUUUUCGGAGACAGGAUACACCUAAAUUGCAGGAAUAUCUGAAGAAGCAUUUCAGACAGUUUAGGCAUGUUCAUUGCUGUCCUUUAAAGCAGGUAAAUAAGUAUUGA